AGCCAACACACACUCAGUAGCUGUAAACCACACCACAUCCCGCUAAGGGUAUCAAAUAGUGAACAAAUUAUAUUUACGAAAAACGUAAAAAUGAAGUUUGUAAUCUCUUUUGUGAUUUUGAGUUGCGCGCUAUUCGAAGCCAGGGGAUAUCCGUACGCAUAUUACCCCUCUUACGGAAAUGUCGAUUCACUAUCGUACGGCGAUGGCAACCGUGGCGGAAUAGCGUUGAGUCGCUACUACAACCCGUACUACAACCCUCGUGCUGUGGGCGGUGGCAUGGCUGCCUUCAUGUACAGGCAACCCGAGGCAGAGGCUCCGCAGCAGUCCGGCCAGUACUACCUACCCGACAGACGCCGCCAGACUCAACAAGAAGCUAACUUCGUCCCGCCCCAGCAGAAUGAAGUCGCCUACCCCCAACAGCCAGAAAACCAAGCAUUCGUACCAUCUGAAGCUACUGAACUCGCCGAACCUACUGAAAACGUAGAACUUGCCCCCGUGACUGAGAAAGCUGUUGUUGUGCCUGAGUUGGCUGAACCUGAAAUCAAAGAAGUAGCGGAAGAGGCACCCGUGCAGAAAGCGAAGAAAGUAAGCAAGAAGAAGCAAGUGAAGAGGCCGAUUGACGAUGAAGACGAAGAAGAGUACGUUCCUAAAAUGCCUGCUGGUGCUUUCUUCCCUAUGUUCUUCGGCUACGGUGGUCGCGGUGCUGGUGGCGCUGGAGGACCAGGUGGCCCCAUGGCCGUUGCCAACGCCUACAGCACCGGUAAGGGUGGAGUAGCCACGAGUCAUGCGACAGCCUACGGAGCACCCAGACCAGAAGAAAGAGUGUAAAACCUGACAAAUUUUUAGAUCUAAGUGUAAAUUUUAUAUUUCUACGUUGUUAUGUACUUAUUAUUAUAUGUAUAAAGGUAAUGCGCAUUCCAUCUUUCCAUAAAUAAAAU